GGAAUGUGAAUUUGUGUUCGGUAGUUCGUCUGCGAGUUACGUUUUUUACGUUUACGACGCGUGAAGUAAGCAAAAAAGAAAUGAUAAUUUCGAUAGGAUAAAAUAAAAGAAGUUUACGAAACAUACAUCAGAACCAGUACUUCCGGAAGAAUAGAGAAAAGCUAGCGGGAAUAUCUCCCAUAAAACGAAAUCAAAAAUUAAACCAGUCAGUUUAUGAAUGAUAAUUGUGAAUCCUUUAAAAAAAUAAUUUUUUAAGAAAGAAAAAUUGACUUGAAAUUUCGAUACGAAACGCAAGUGAGCUUUGUUUUGCAAGUGACCCAUAAAAAGCAAAUAAAGUUCGAAACAUUAAAAAGAAUAAAAUAACGAAGAUUUUUUUGUUGUGAAAUUGAAUCUUUAUACAACAAAGGAUAAAAAAAAACUCCUUGGCUGCACACACAGAGUAACAGCAAGAACAAUAACAACAACAACAUAAAUAAGCAAUUACGUGAGCCAAACGUGAUUCGUAAAAAACGUGAUUUUCCGAAACGACAAACGCGAAGCUUAAAAACGACCUAAAACGAAGGAGGAGGCAAAAAAACAGAUCCAACAAUACGAAAGAAGAAAAGCGACAACAACAAAUAACGAGAAAAAAAAACACAAAAAGUAGAGAACAAAACAAAAGCCAGCCCAAAAACAUAAACAAACAAAAUAAAGAAUAACAAAAAAACAAAAGCUAAACACAAACACUGCAUCACAUAGGACAACAGCAACCCAAGGGCAGUGCAUUGUCAAAAUUUGUCUUUCCUAAAGUGAAACAUCACAAAGCUAACAUAACAGCUUUUGCAAAAACCCAACAAAAACAACAACACAUAAAAGCAUUUGGAGGCAUCAACAAUUGGCGAAUUUUUUUGGACAUACAUCCGCAUUAUGAUUUUUGAAAAUUCAGCAGAUGUUUGCGUGGAACUUUGAGUGAAAAAGAAAUGAAUUCAGUAAAGCAUCAUCGAAUUGGAGUAUUUCUAUCUCCAUAAAUUAAAUAAAAAAUAAAAAAACAACAAACAAAAAAAAGCAAAAAUUUAAUAAAAAAAAAUCCAAAAAAAAAAUUGAAAAAGUUACAAAAAGGCAUUAUUACAAAAUAAAUAAAAUAUAAAAUAUAGUAAAUAGCCAACCAGUUAAAAAAUCCCAUCAAAAUCCUAUUGUGUUAAUAUUGAUAAAAUAAAUCUAGUCAAAUAUACAACGAGUUAUUUAAUAUAUAACAUAAAAUAUCAGCAUUUUUUCCUUCGCUAUACACAUAUAUAUAUAUAAAUUUAUCACAAUAUAUUUAAAAAUUACCGCGUGUGUUAUUUAUUUAUAAAUAAACGUAUAUAUAUAGUUUGAUUUAGUUAUACAAAUAUUCAACAAAUAAUAUUCACCAGUAGAAAAGUAUAAGAAAAAAGCUUAAAACGUCUUGAACCAUGCCUUAUAGUCGAGAUUCUGCUUCGGCUCAAGCUGAUAAAUUGAGCGGCAUUGUGGAGGAAAGCGAUUUGUAUGAGGGCUUUUCCCCUCAUGUGGAGACCUCGGAGAUAAAGGUGCUCGAUUUCUACAAUUUACCAAAGUCGACAGGCAAAGAACCUGCCUUGCGUUCAUAUACCGAAAUAAAACAGCUCCUGGAUCAGGGCAAAAAACGUGAUGUUAAAAGUAUUCUUAGAGAAAAUUCAUGGCCCAUAAAUUCACCCAUAAGAUCACAAUUAUGGCCGACACUGUGCGCUCAGCACAAUACAAAACCCCCAAUGGUUGAGGGUUUCUAUUGGGAAAUGGUUCAUCAGGUUUUCGGUACAACAGAACUCUCUGAGAAACCCAUUAUGUUACCUUCAUUUGUUGAUGCAACUCAUUGUCUGCCCUAUCAUUUAACAAGUACCGGUCGAUCGGUAGCCGAUCGUAUUGUGAAUGUUUUGGGCUACGAUUGUCCCGAUAUUACUUACAGUCCAGUAUUGUAUCCCAUUGUAUCAAUUUUAUUGCAUUUUAUGUCUGAGGAGGAAGCUUAUCAUUGUGUGGCGGCCUUGGUGGGCAGUAAGGAAAAAGUUUUCAUUAAUCAAACCAAACUCUUGCAUGAAGUUACAUGGAAAACUGUUAUGCAAAUUGCCAAAAAACAUACGAAAAAUGCUGUUGCAUAUUUUCAACGUAUUUGUCCUGGCGUUAAGCUAGAACGCGUUUUCAUGGAUUGGUGCUGGUGGAUAUUAGCUGGUCUGCCCUUCCAGCAUUUAGUACGCAUUAUGGAUUGUUUCUUUCACGAAGGCAUUAAGGUACUCUAUCGCAUUGCUUUGGUCAUUCUCAAUCUAUUCCAUAAGGAAUGUCAGUCGAACAACGAAUGGAGUCCAGAUAAUAUUAAAAAUGACAUUGGCAAUGCUUUGGUUAAGUUUUGCAAAAAAAUCCCAGUAUCACCGGCCAAAUUAUUACAUGCCGCUUUUAGUAUUAGGGGACUAAGUUCCACAUAUAUUUCUAGAAUAUUUUUAAAGACUGAAAUGCUAUUGAAAAGCCGUUCCGUUCUAAAUACGGGUAAUAAAACUUUAGUUAAAUCGCGUUCCAGCGAUAAUUUACCAACAAGUCAAUCCCAAGUCAAUAUUCAAAUGAUGUCACAUACACUGACCAUACGUGAGAAGGUACAUCACACCGAGACUUGUCGGAACUUGGGAGAAAAAUCACCUGGCCAUCGAGCCAUUGCCAUGGGUGUCUAUCCCAUUCACCAAUUAAAAUCUCAAGUCUGUGCGAACGAGGAUCUGUUUACCCUAUGGUCAUGGCUUCCCGUGCGGAUAACAAUGUAUCAGCCCGUCUUAUUGUAUACCACCGAGGAACAUGGCUGCUCCUUGACAACAUUUUAUGUGCGAGUUGAACAACAUGAGCCCACAUUGAUGAUGAUUAAGACGUGCAAUAAUGAGGUAUUUGGGGCUUACUGUUCAUCACGCUGGUUCGAACGCAAUGUUAAAGAUGACAAAGGUCAACGGCAGGCCUACUUUGGCACCGGCGAAACUUUCCUGUUCUCCUUGUAUCCGGAACGGGCUAAAUACCCUUGGGUGGGCAUUGAAAAUGACAAAGACUUGGGCCAUGCUUCAGAGCUUUUUAUGGCUGCCGAUUCGAAAAUGAUUACCAUUGGAGGAGGUGAGGGCCAAGCUAUUUGGAUGGACGAAAAUAUACGCUUUGGCAAAACCGAUAGCUGCAAAACAUUUAACAAUCCACCCUUGUGUCCAUCAGGAGAUUUUGAAAUACGCGUACUGGAAGUCUAUGGUUUUGUGGGAGCCUAAAUCUAUACAAGCCAGAGCACAAGACGAGACUUUGAAUCACAUGCUGUUUUAUGUGAGACAUAACGAACAUUUUUUUCUUUGGUGACAAAACAAAAACCUAUACAAUAACGGUUUGCUCUUGCACACAACACACACACGCCCAAGACAAGAUUAAAAAGGAGAUUCCAAUAAAAGAAAAAAAUAUAUAUAUGCUUAA